CAGAGCUGGAGCAGUGUUAGCGUCAUGGAUUCACAGCAGCCAUUGACUGAAGGUUUGAGACGUUCCAGUCGUGAUAGUCGACCUCCUGCCCACCUGCAGCAGUAUGACGUUCAGUAUCCUGGAAGUAGAAGAGCUACAUGUGAGACAGAGAGUCAAACCGAAUGCCAACACAGUGACAAAGACACACAUGGGCUGCAGGAUCCUGUCGGAGAAUCAGAAAGUCAACCAGAGAAACGUCCUGCCCCUUUACCUACCAACCAAGAUGAGGUUAUGAGGGAACUCCUGACGACGAUGAGGGAGAUUAGGCAAUUUAUGUUUCAAUCAUCUCCUUCCCAUUCUCGUAGCUCCAGAUCUUCAAUUCGCACUGUCUCAUCUGAUGGAAUCAAAUCUUCUGUAUGCAGUUUACGAGCUAGUUCUCAAACACAUCAACAACAUGAGCAGUUCCCAGUGAUUGAUACAGCAACCUGUCAAUCACCCUUUCAGCCCCCACAGAUUAGCCGUCAGUCUGGUUUAGUUCCGGCUGCCAGCCCUCCUUUACCUAAUUCAACAAUAUUAGAUGCUGCAGUCCCUUCAAGUGGUUUGCCUAGACCAGUCCUUGCUACACAAGAUGAAACUCCCUUUGAUUUCCUGGCCUUAUCACGGCAGGAUCCCCACCAGAUCUCAUGUGUUCAACCUGCUGUUUCUUUAGCUGAAGACCCUGUUCAACCUCUCAUUUGCAUAUCUGACCACAAUCAUCACCCUUCUCUAGAGCAACAACCAGCUACAUCCAAUGCCUUACAUGAACAGAAACCUUUGGUACCUGUUACUGCUAGGUCGGGUCACUCCUCUAGCACGAGAACACAUGUAUAUAAACUUGAAGGUCCUUCGUUUCCAGACCUUAGUAGAGAAGACGAAAUGCAAUACAGGAUGUUACGGAUGGCCCUUACAAACCUUCUUGAUCCUCAUGAGACAGAGCACUUCAAAUAUCAUGUCCUUCUUGAUCACCUCAAAGUAGACCAAGCUAAACGAUUAGCUCUUGCCUUUUCCUACGCUCCUGACCCAUACACUCAAGCCAUCAAAGCCCUUGAUGAGCGUUAUGGGCAACCAAGACAGCUGGCAUUGAAAGAGCUAAAGAAUAUACUGGAACUGCCUCCUAUCAGAGCAGGUGAUGGUCAGAGUCUUGAUAACUUUGCUCUUCGUGUACAGGCCUUAGUUGGUUUGCUUAGCACUAUGGGAGAUCAAGGACGUGCAGAACUAGAUUGUGGCUCCCAUGUUGAUCGCUUGUUAGCGAAGUUGCCUGCAGAGCAUUUCAGUCGCUUCAAACGGCACGUUUACAGGGAACAGGGAGAAAUGACGUAUACCUUGCCUUUGUUCUCAUCCUGGUUGCAAAUGGAGUGCAAGUGUCAACCAAGAAAGGACAAUGCUGUUUCAUCCUUCAACCAGCCACGACCUGCCCCCACCUCCUACUCUACCAUCAGCAGUACCUACGUCAUCACCGGCAGUGCCGCUAUCACCAGUUCCACUGCCUGUGGCUGCCAUUCCGCCAGUGGUCAGGGCGCUGCCUGCUCCUGCAUCACCUGGUCCUACCUCCAAGUCCCGUACAAUGCCCCCAGCGCCUGCAAAACUGCCCGACGGUCUGCAGGUCUGGGCCUGCAGCUGCAUCCCACGUGGCUGGUCGCCACCGCUGGCUACAUGGUCGGCCCCGAACAGUCUGGCCUGCAUUGUCAACCUCCAGGUUGA